AUGGCCCUAAAUGCGUUCUUCUACGAACUCUCACCCAUUCUGCACCUUUACAACGCCGUCGGUGGUUUACGAUUCCAUGAGGAGUACGACAAAGAGGCAAGGACGUACAAAGUGAGGACCAAAAUUUUUGCAUGGUCAACCUUGUAUUCGUUUGCGGCUCUCUGUCUCCAAUACUACUUCGUCAUAAAAAUCGCCAUCAAAUGCAGCGAUAACUUUGUUCGUAUGGACGAGGGAAACAAACUGAAUGGAAUCGUAUUCAGUUUCAACAUUUUUGCUCCAAUGGUACUGCCAAUUGUUGUUUUGCUGCAAAACAGGAGAGUGUCCCAUCAGAUGGAAUUUUGGUUUCAACUUCAGAGGAAAGUCAAAGCACUGUCCGUAAGGGGAGUAGAUUUUAACCUGGGAAUUCGAAACUGGUGCCGAGGAGCAAUGUUUUGCACUGUUUUGUUGGGCCUCAUGAUGGCACUCAGCAACACUUUGUUAAGCGGCCAGCUACCUGAAGCGUUAGAUGUGAUUCAAGCUUUGGGUGGUUUCUACGGUUGCAUGAUGUUUUCAGUUUAUUACGCCACUUCCAAAGCCUCAUGGAGAGUCUCCCACAGGGUUCUCGAGGACUACAAAGAACUGCUUGUUUUGAACUUGAAGGGGAAAAGCACGGAAAAAUUAGACCACAUUGAAAAACGCGACCCUUUUUAG